AUGCUGCCUGGUUUUGGUUUUCCACUACUGAACGUGAAUCCAGGACUAGUUGCUGGUCAACAGCUACUGCUUAAUGCGAAUGCGUUGCAGCGAGUGAUGGUCUCUACACCGAAUUCAUUCAUAGGUGAUUUUCCAGUGAUGGUGUCAACACCAAAUACUCAGUAUGUAAGUGUUCCGCUUCCAAAUGCGGCUCCUCAUAGUGGUCGUCCAACACCCAUGCUUGUGCCGCCUGGUAUGGCCGGCGAGGAUGGGAACAGCGAAAGUCCCCAAGCACAUUCGGCACCGCCUGCCACGCAGGAGUGUCCAUGGACAAAGCAUGAGACUGCUGAUGGCCGAGUGUACUAUUAUAAUAAGGUGACGAAAGAGUCAUCAUGGAACAAGCCAGAUGAAUUGAAAACUCCGCAAGAACGUCAGGCGAUUGUACUUAAGCGUUCAACCCCUACUGCAACUUCGGCUAAUGGUAUAUGGAAGGAAUAUAAAACGACGGAAGGUCGAGCCUACUAUUACAACACGAUUACAAAAGAAACCACAUGGACCAAACCUGAGGGAUUCAAUACCCCUGCUCCUACAGCCACGGCACCCGCUACGACUGAAGGUGAAGCCACUACCACUCCGGAGGUAAAAACAGAACAGAAAGCACCUGAAGAUCCAAAAGAGGAAAGUGAGAUGGAAAAGGCUAUGAAAGCAACACUUGCAUCAAUGACAGUGCCGUUGCCUGCCCCAGCUCCAGUGGGAAUCUGCGGUGAGACAGCGGAAAUGCCAUCAGAAGACAACGAACAGGAUCUGAAAAAGCGGCAAGCUGAACGAUUCAGGGAUCUUCUCAGGGACAAAUACAACGAAGGUGAAAAAUUCAAACUGUUAUUCCAUAGUAGAGCAUAUGAGGACAAAAUUUUAUCGUCAACCUGUAACUGGGAACAUGCGGUCAAGCAUAUUCAAGGUGACCCACGCUUCCGUAUCCUGACCAAGGUAUCAGAAAAGAAACAGCUGUUCAAUGCAUGGAAGGUGCAGCGUCAAAAAGAGGAGCGGCUUGCUCAGGAUGAGAAACGGCUAGCGAUAAAGAAAGCCAAGGAAGAUCUCGAAAAGUGGCUCCAAGAUCCACCCAAAAAUGAAACCGGGCUUGAAGUACAUGAGAGCUCGUUUUUUUUUAAAUCGAAAACUCAGCGACGCAUAAAGAGACAAGAACGUAAAGUAAGAGAAGAUUUCCAGAAAUUUCUACAAGAGUUACAUAAGAAAGGAGAGCUCACAUCUAUGUCAUUAUGGUCAUCUCUUUAUCCUGUGAUUUCGUCUGAUCCUCGUUUUGACGCCAUGCUUACACAGGAUGGGUCAACUCCACUGGACUUGUUUAAAUUUUACGUGGAAGAAUUGAAGGAGCAAUAUGGACAAGAUAGAAGAGUGAUCAAAGACAUCCUCAGCGAUCAGAAGAAAGUCGUUCAGGUCGACACAACGUUCGAAGAGUUUUCCAAGUGGGUCACAUCAGCAGAAAAAGGGCUAGUAGUGGAUUAUGGAAAUAUGAAGCUUUGCUAUAAUUCGCUUGUCGAAAAGGCUGAGUCAAAGGAGCGCGAAGCGGAACGUGAAGAGGCGCGAAAGAAGCGCAGGCAGGAAAGCGAGUUCCGUCAUCUGCUACGCGCUCUACAGCCUGCUAUAGAUGCGAAUUCGGAGUGGGCAACUGUCCGUGGGAAAAUUGAGAAAGGAAAAGGCGUUUUUAGUGGUGAGGGCUUACUUCUAAGGAGCUUCGGAAUUGAUUCCGAAGAGUUGAGGACCAAGUACUUUGAAGACUACAAACGCUCCUUGAGCGAAUCAUGUGCGCAUCAUUCGAUGAGUGCUGAACUCUUCUCGCUUACGUAUGGUGCACUAGUUACCGAAAUGCUUCAAGACUACGAAGAUCCGAAACUUGUGAACUUGAGAUUAGAUAAAAUUGGUUUCAACAUGGGAACAAGGUUAGCUGAUGAUUUUCUCGCUAAGAAUGCUCACGUUCCAAAAUGCACUGAUUGUCGGCAGAUUGCAGAGGUCUUAUCGAAGAACGCCAUACCCAUGUAUUUAGGUGUCCCAGCUACGGUAUCGAAUUGGAGACGCCUUUAA